UCUAAGCUUUUGUUUCAGGUGUUGUUGGCUUUGUUUUGAUUUAACACGUAAAUGGUAAUUAAAUUAUUUCUUAAAAAUUACAAAGCCAACUGAGUCAACUUGAGCAAUCCUGACAAUAAACAACACUGAGGCAGCCUAGAAGAAGCAAGUGUGACAUUACAAAAAAACAACAAUGCGACGCAAUGUGCGCCAGCACCAACAAGACGAUGGGGUGGAGGAGAUAUUCGGCCGAACAGAAUACGAUACCGAAGAAUUAAUGGAUCUGGAUUUAAUUCAGAUGGCAAACAGACCGAGCACACAGUCCAACAAGCUGGCUCGCUUUGAGAACACGCUGGAGGUGAAAGUGCAGGAGGACGAUACGCUUCAAGCUUUGGCACUGCGGUUCCACUGCUCUGUGGCGGACAUAAAGCGCCUGAACAAAAUCGAUCGGGAGAAUGAGAUUCAUGCGCGUCGCAUUAUCCGCAUCCCUGUUACAGUACACAAUGUCCUGCUGGGCAACGGUAGCAUAUUGACACAGCAGGACGCACUGCCAGCGGUGCACAGGAGCGGCAACAACAGUCCGCGACAUAAUGCGGAGCCUACGCUACAGAUUGAGCGCAAUCCUUUGGAGGACGCUCGUUUAAUGCUCGACGAGAGGCUUUUAGUUGCAGCAGUCAAUGCAUCUGGAACUGUAGACAAUCAGCCUACGACGUCCGCAACAUCUACAGGAGGUGCUACUAAUGGGAUUCUUGGAUUUCCGGAUGAUGAAGCCCACACAGAGCGAUCUGCAAACGAUGACAAUGCGCCACUGCUGAACGAAAUGCUUAUGGACAGACAUGCUCCAUUGGUUCGUCCCAUACCAGGACCAUCCUUGCGCGCCAUCGAUUGGUCUGGCUCUGAUUGUGAUAUGUCCUGGAUAUGCCUUCUGGUGUUCAUACUCGCUCUCUGUGUCGUUAUACCGCUGGUCUACGUCAUCUAUCUCGCCGAGCAUCCACAUCAUCACAUAUCGCAGUAAUUGAAUUGGCAACGAAACAAAAAUGAGACCCAUUCCAAAAAAUGUACUGUCCGCUGAAUUUAUUUUUCUAUGCAUAUAUAACAUAAGGAUUCCUAUCGUAUAUGACGUCUCAAAAGUCUCUCCCAUUGUGUCUAUGUCUGUCUCAAAAAAGCUGUACAGAAUUUUCCAAGAAUUGGAUUGAAAUUAAAGCUGGCGCAGCUUUAUUUUUAUCUUGUAAAUAGACCUGUGUCUUUCAUAAUAAUUGUAGAAAAUAGAAGAAUGCAUAUCUUAGAGAUAAUAAAAAAAUAAUAUAAACAAGAAAA